CCAUUCUCCUCUCGAGAAAGCUCUACAGAGCCCGAAAGCUACGCAAGCUUGAUGCAUCCCGAGACACCAAAUCCUUACAGCUGUAUCAUCACAUAAUCUGGCUUGCGCGAGAAGGCUUGUCGAUUACAGAAGUAUACAUACUGCCUUACUGUCAAGAUGGAGAACAAGGCGCGGAAUGCAGGGUCAUGGCAGCCAAGUUGAGGGCGUCGCUAUAUCAUGUGUUCUGCCUCUUUCACAACCAUCCACCCAUCAGCCAGGUCAGUACACGGUCGCCAGAUACAGGGAGUCCGCCAUCCAGCAAGAGCUCGAACACGCCGAGAGCCAACCCAACAUCUUGGUCACCUGCGGACAGAACGGCAAAGCCUCUUGUGCCAGCAGGCAGUAGACGCGCUGGAAAAGCACCUUUGCGCGAUCCAGUACCCUCGAUGCAGUCGGACGUCUCAUUUGUGACAAACCCCUACGCCGUGGGCACUGGGCAGACGCCGCCACCAGGUUCCGCAAUCCUGCCUCAUGCCCAGCAGGAAGGCGCUCGAAGAACUCCGUCUAGACCACCUGGAUUGGCACCGAUCAACAUUGGUGCAGCACGAUCGGCGGCUUCAUUCUUAUUACCGCCUUUGAACUUCGUGCCAAUGGCCAAGGAACACUUUGAGACGGCUCAAGUUCUAGCGACCAACCUCCUGUCGACCACACACGCACUGCGCUUAUCCGUCUCGCUUGAGCACUCUGCCUUCCUCUGGGAUUGUGCAAAAGACCACGACCGGGCACGUAGACUUGCCAGGCGCACAAUCAAAGAAGUCUACAGCUCGCAAGAAGGUCUCGAUGACGACGAAUUCGCGGAUGCCUCUGCGCUCGUCCAGGCGCUGGGAGGCAUUGUCAGGAGGGGAUCCGCCGAGUCCACACCACGCCCAGGUGCAUCAGCAGUCACAAGCCCGACAAGUCCGAAUCAGCGUACUCCUAGGCAAGCACCUGCAGCAUCAAGUGUGGUACCUCCUAUCGACCGCACGAUAGCAGUGAGUCCCCAACAGCGGCGCAACUCACCACAGCAGUAUCGCCAGGCUUCAAACAUAGCGCAUCAAAGCCACAUUCCACGCAUCUUCAUGCGCACUCCUGAACGCCUGUCAACCGUACCGGAAGCAGAAGUAGAGUCGACAGAUGCCGGACGAACGACUCUCAGCCCGCCAGUCUCUCGCUUGAGCAGUCGAAGCCGCCAGCGAAGAGCAUCGUCCGUAACAUCAGCUGCCUCUGAUAAGGCAUCGAAACGCAAACUGGUAGAACAGGCUGAGGAUCAGGUGCGCCAGAGACAGCGGAGUACAAGUAAUGCCAGUCAGGCCAGUGCAAGCAGUAGUCGAAAAGGCAACGGCAGGAGCACCGAGGACAUUGCAACUCGAGGCAGUCGGCAAGGCAGCCCUGCGCAAAGCAAUAACAGCAGACAAGGAAGAGGAACCGAAGGCAAUUCGCACAGUCGGCAGCCCACGCCGACCGAAGGGUACGUCAGACCGAGAGAUCCUAAACCUCCUCCCACACGUGCGAGCCCGAAGCGUAGAUCAUGACAGCUCGAAUAGAACAAUGCCAUCUCCUGUGAUGAGGCGAGCAUCGCCGGUUUCGCGCUCCCCAUCGCCGAAACCCCAACAAGCAUUCGGCAUCGAUAUUCCUGGGCACGCGAUAGAAAUGGAUGAUGUUUGCACGAGAGAUCUCCCAAGACAACCGAAACUCAAGUCAGCUUCUGUGGCAGAAGAUCGACGCGAGGCCAUACGCAGGACUUUGCAGAUCAUAUCCGCUGUGUCGAAGGGACUGCACGUUCCUGCUUCGGCCCAAGCGCAAAAGCAAUGGAGACUGUUGUGAUUGUGAGAUUUGGUUCCAGUAUAGGUACGAGAACAUGAGGUACGAGUAACGGGCAACGAGAAGGGAGCAUAGCGUCGGCGCGAUAUACCCUGUGUGACAUUAGCUUCUUGGAGGACUCUGUGUACAUACUUAUCCUCUUGCAUGGAUAUGAAGACAUUUGUUCUGGUAGCGAGACGAAUGCGAAUUUGCCAUGUAUCGAGCCCUAGGUCUAAACUCCUUCGAGACCAGAGGAAACCC